UCGAAUGGCCAAUUUGAAAGCCUUUGCGGCUGGAGCGGAGCCUGAAAACCCAUCCAGCAUAUUUCUGCACGUGAAAAUUUUAUUUUCUUAUAAAUUUUUGUUGAAUCAUAAUCAUGCCUUCUGACGCCAAGAAAAAACAAGCUCAAAAGAAGAAAGAUGCAGCAAAGGCCCGCCAAAGUGGGAAGAAACCUGUUGGCACUAAAGCCGAAAACGGUGAUAGGGAAACAAGUCCCAGCGAGGUCAACGGAACUCAAGAAAAUGGAUCUGUUGAAAUAAGUGCAGAAGAGGCUCUCUGUCAAAAAUUGGAAGCUGAUGCAAGAUUGAACGCUGAAGCUCGCUCUUGUACGGGGAGUUUGGCAGUACAUCCUCGGUCAAGAGAUAUCAAGAUUGAUACUUUCUCGAUAACGUUUCAUGGCUGUGAAUUGCUCCAGGAUACCUUGCUAGAAUUGAACUGUGGUCGACGAUAUGGUCUGAUUGGUCUGAAUGGCAGUGGUAAAUCAACACUACUAUCAGUUUUGGGCAACCGAGAAGUUCCUAUUCCCGAUCAUAUUGACAUAUUCCAUCUGACGAGAGAGAUGCCUGCUUCGGACAAAUCUGCCUUGCAGUGUGUCAUGGAAGUAGACCAGGAGAGAGUUCGGCUAGAGAAACUUGCAGAGGAAUUGAUUGCUUGCGAUGACGAUGAUGCCCAGGAGCAGCUGAUGGACGUGUAUGAGCGUUUGGAUGACAUGAACGCAGACACGGCAGAGGCUCGCGCCGCGUACAUCCUGCACGGUCUCGGCUUCACUAAGGAGAUGCAGCAGAAGAAGACCAAGGACUUUUCGGGAGGUUGGCGGAUGAGGAUUGCACUGGCCAGGGCAUUGUACGUUAAGCCUCAUCUGUUACUGCUCGAUGAACCUACCAACCAUCUCGAUCUGGACGCCUGCGUGUGGCUUGAGGAAGAACUCAAAACGUAUAAAAGAAUAUUGGUGAUAAUAUCUCACUCUCAAGAUUUUAUGAAUGGAGUCUGCACCAAUAUUGUCCAUUUAAAUAAGAACAGGCUAAAAUACUAUACUGGUAACUACGAUGCCUUUGUGCGUACCAGACUUGAACUGCUCGAGAACCAGAUGAAACAGUACAACUGGGAGCAGGACCAGAUCGCCCAUAUGAAGAACUACAUCGCCCGGUUCGGUCACGGAAGCGCCAAGCUUGCAAGACAGGCUCAGAGUAAGGAGAAGACGUUGGCCAAGAUGGUCGCUCAGGGACUGACGGAGAAAGUCACCAACGACAAGACGGUGACGUUCCACUUCCCUUCCUGUGGUACCAUCCCUCCCCCGGUCAUCAUGGUUCAGAACGUCAGCUUCCGUUAUACAGACGACAGUCCGUAUAUUUACAAGAAUUUGGAAUUCGGAAUUGAUUUGGAUACACGACUCGCUCUUGUGGGUCCGAAUGGAGCGGGAAAGAGUACGCUUCUGAAACUUCUGUAUGGAGACUUGAUCCCCACUGAGGGAAUGAUCCGUAAGAACUCCCACUUGAGGAUCGCCAGAUAUCACCAACAUCUGCACGAGCUGCUGGACUUGGACAUCUCCCCGCUCGACUACAUGUUGAAGAGCUUCCCCGACGUCAAGGAACGCGAGGAGAUGAGGAAGAUCAUCGGAAGAUACGGUCUAACCGGUAGGCAACAGAUCUGCCCUAUCAGACAGCUGAGUGAUGGCCAGCGUUGUCGCGUUGUGUUCGCCUACCUGGCCUGGCAAUGCCCACACCUGCUGUUGUUGGACGAACCUACCAACCAUCUGGACAUGGAGACCAUCGACGCACUCGCCGAAGCCAUCGCAGAGUUUGAGGGAGGUAUGGUCCUCGUCAGUCACGACUUCCGACUUAUCAGUCAGGUGGCCGAAGAGAUCUGGGUAUGCGAGAAGGGAACAGUGACUAAAUGGCAAGGCGGUAUCCUGGACUACAAGGACCAUUUGAAGCAGAAGAUUUUGAAGAAUGCGAGCAAAGAAAAAGAGCCACCAAUGAGAAGGAAAUAAUGAGUUUGCCCUCACUCAACAUGGCACACAAAGACCCUCCUGACGUCCGUCGGGAAAUGAAAAUAUCUCGGUUUUCCUGGAGCACUCUGCUAACUAAUUGUUACUGUUUUAUUGGAAAUAUUGUUUUAAUUUAAUUAGAUUCAAUCAAUCAUCAUAUUGUAUUCAUUUCUUUAAUUAAACUUAGUCGAAAACCGAAUUAUACUUGUUAUAAAUACCCUUCUGCCAGUCCUGUUAUUUAUUUUUUAAUUGAGAAUAUUAAAUUUAAAUUUUUUAUA